AUGUCGUCCCAACUGAGGCUCAAUACCUCGGGAGAUCAAGAUCAGCUACAAUUCCUUCUGGCACAGCAAGAACAGAUUCAAGCCCAAAUCGCUUCCCUCACAUCCGGUUCUUCGUCCUUAUCGUCUUCCUUUCCAACUCACAGAUCACCAAUAUACAAGCAACAAACGCAACGAAGACACAAUGUUCCCCGAAGCAUGUCAAGCAGUGGAGCUCCCAUGGCCCGACACCUAUCUUCUGAUGGGAUUGAAGCACCGGUGAUAUCGCGGGCGAUGUCUCAACAAUCCGAGCCUGUAAUGAUGCGAACGAGUUCUAUGGGCAGUACGUCCGUACAUUCCGGAAGACUCCCAUUCACGCAAAAUGGCACGAUGCCUCCUCCACUCCAAAGUGAUCUCCGCCGAUGUAACCCCGCCUUCGAAGCUUGGGUCAAUCAAGACCAGCCCUACAGCUCUUACACAUUUUCGCAUCAACCUUCCGCUCCUCUCCAGCGAUCCAUGUCUCAACGAAAACCGGAAUUAGAACAGGUUUUAGAAGAUCCUCAACAAGGAUUUGAGAAUCCCGGCGACUUCCUCCUCCGUACCGGCUUUGCCGGUGUCUCACCAACACCAGUCUUUUCAAUCACGCCCUCUCCUGUAGCCAUGCAUUCUUCCAUGCCAAUGCAACAACGACAAUCUCGACAGUCGUUCAACGUGCCAAGCACGCCUACAACUGCAACUCUUACCGAUGCGACUACAUACACAAGUAACAUGAGUCGACAAAAUAGUCUCUUUAAUGAGCCUUUGGUGGAAAGUAUUGAAAUGAUGAAGUUCAAUUCGAACAAUUCCUUUUCUACAGGCAUCAAUAAUGAUGAUCAUGUUUAUCCCGUUGCUCCUCAGUAUAGUUCUCAUCAUAUUCGUCGGUCUUCCGACGAGGAACAGACUCAACUACUUGUUGGGGCUGGUGGUGUUGGCAAUGAUUCUCAGUUUUCUCUUUCUUUUCCUAGUACGGAAGCAUUUGCUCAAUCUCAAAUUCCACCAUCUUUUGGUGCAAAGAUGGAAAAGUCACAGUCGGUUGAAAGUGUUUCAUCGACCAUGUCAUCAUCAUCUCGCAAUAAGCAGCGGCUACAAGUCAGUAACAUGGCCGCUGCACGACCACUCAUGCCUAAAGGUGGCUAUGAAGAUAAUUCAAUGUCUCGAGUCAACUCGUCACAAUCAAUGACUCGACUCGAUUCGAAAGAUGGGUCAAAUGAUAAGGUUGCUAUCGAAAAACGUGCAUAUCAACGACCGAAACACGAACGUGUAUUCUGCAAAUUGUGUGAUGAACACCCUGAUGGAUUUCGUGGCGAACAUGAGCUUCGAAGACAUUGCGAUCGACAACAUAAAAGAAUGGUGAAGAAGUGGGUUUGCAUUGAACCGCCCAGCAGUCAAGGGCGCGAAAAGCCUGUGCUACCACUCUCAAAGUGCAAAGCAUGCGCAACACAGAAGAAGAAGUACGGAGCAUACUAUAACGCUGCUGCACAUCUCAGAAGGGCACAUUUCAAGCCAAAGGCUAAGGGUAGAAAUAAGAGUAGUAAGGUUGAGGAUUCUCAAAAGCGUGGUGGGAAGGCUGGAGGGGAUUGGCCUCCCAUGUCGGAAUUGAAGAAUUGGUUCAAAGAAGUGGAAGAACCAGCCGCCGAUUUUACCCAGCAAGAGGAGGACGAUGAUGAAGAAGAUAUGAACGAAAAUAUGCUCAACGAUUUAUCGCAAGUUGUUAACGCGUCAACUAAUUUCGAAAAUACUUCCGAUGGUACUUCAAUACCUGUCCUGUAUCCUACGGCAAAUACUCAAAAUUUCGUCGGCAACAUCACUUUCGACAAUUCGAUGCAACAUGACAUUGAUCUAUCAAUGAACUUUGCAGGUCAAACAAAUUUUGACCUUUCUUCCUUCCCCAUGAAUGACCCAUCAGUGGCAUUCUUUGAUCCUACUUCUUCACUUCCUCAAGUUUUCGAUGACCAAUCUCUUGUUGGUAUCAAUGCUGUAAAUUUUCCUUAUGAUUCUUCUUUAUCUUUCAAUUAG